AUGCAGACUGCAUCCACAAACAUUUGUGAAAGACUGUGCAAUAAGUCCAUCUGUGAAAUUUCCUGGCUACUAAAUAUUCCACAGUCAACUGUUAAUGAUAUUAUAACAAAGUGGAAGCAACAGGGAAAAACAGCAUCUCAGCCACGAAGUAGUAGGCCAAGUAAAAUGACAGCGGAGUCAGCACAUGCUGAAGUUCACAGUGCGCAGAAGUCGCCAGUUGUCUGCAGAGUCAAUAGCUAAAGUCCUCCUAACUUUGUGUGGCAUUCAGAUUAACACAACAAUGCGUAGAGAGCUUCAUGGAAUGGGUUUCCGUGGCCGAGCAGUUGCAUCCAAG